ACCAGCUAGCCAACCGCCUGCCUCUCUGCUUUCAUAUCAUACAUAGCCUUCUUUCUCUUUCUCUUUCUCUCUCUGGAGUCAGGAUUGUGAAGGUGAAGCUCCAUCUUCCGCCCCGUCCGCAGUGGAGUUCUCUGAUCUUCCGGAGGAAGAAGAAUGAGGCUUCUUCUAAGGACUACGUGUUUCGCCGUCUCUUUGUUUCUUCAGGUCUUCAUAAGUGGUUCGAUGGUGGCAGCACAGGCGCCCACGGGGGAAAGACAUUCAGAAGGAUAUUGCGCCAUGUAUGACAUUUGUGGGAAACGUAGUGAUGGUAAAGUGCUGAAUUGCCCCUUUGGUUCCCCAUCUGUGAAGCCAGAUGAGUUGCUUUCAUCCAAGAUUCAAAGUUUGUGCCCAACUAUCACUGGAAAUAUAUGCUGUACAGAGGCUCAAUUUGACAUUUUAAGAUCGCAAGUCCAGCAAGCAAUCCCGUUCCUUGUAGGCUGUCCAGCAUGCUUGAGAAAUUUUUUGAAUCUAUUCUGUGAACUUUCAUGUUCUCCAAACCAGAGUCAAUUUAUAAAUGUGACAUCUGUUUCAAAGGUUCAGAACAACUUGACUGUAGAUGGGAUUGAUUUUUUUAUAACUGACGCUUUUGGCGAGGGUCUAUAUGAAUCCUGCAAGGAGGUAAAGUUUGGAACUAUGAAUACUCGAGCAAUUGACUUCAUUGGUGCAGGGGCUAAAAAUUUUCGAGAGUGGUAUGCAUUUAUUGGUAGGAGAGCAGCACUUGGCAUGCCAGGAUCUCCAUAUGCAAUUAAUUUUACAUCAACUGCUCCUGAUUCUUCUGGAAUGAAAACUAUGAAUGUGUCUACGUAUUCCUGUGGUGACACUUCAUUGGGCUGUUCUUGUGGUGAUUGCCCUUCAGCUUCUGCAUGCUCAAGUUCAGCCCCUCCUCCUGCCCCAGAGAAAGAGUCUUGUUCUGUAAGAAUGUGGUCCCUCAAGGCAAAGUGUAUUGAAGUUGCUGUAGCAAUAAUUUAUAUUGUAUUGGUCUCCUUGUUUCUUGGAUGGGGUUUUGUUCAUAGGAGAAAAGAGAGGGCUCCAGUUUCCAGCACAAAGCCAUUGAUAAGCGCUCCUGAUGCUGGUAUCAUCCGCCAAAUUAACAAGCAAAAAGAUGAUAAUGUGCCAAUGCAGAUGCUUGAGGAUGUACCGCAAAUUUCAAGUGGGGUACGACUUUCAAUUGUGCAAGGAUACUUGUCAAGAUUUUUCAGGAGAUAUGGAACGUGGGUUGCAAGAAAUCGAAUCCUUGUUCUAUGCUCGUCAUUGGCCAUUGUUUUGGUACUUUGCUUGGGCUUGUUUCGUUUUAAAGUUGAAACAAGACCUGAGAAGCUAUGGGUUGGCCAUGGAAGUAGAGCUGCAAAGGAGAAACAGUUUUUUGACAACCACCUAGCACCGUUUUACAGAAUUGAGCAGCUCAUAAUAGCUACUAAUGGGAAGUCUCCAACCAUUAUCUCGCGAGAUAACAUCAAGUUACUUUUUGAUAUACAGAACAAGGUAGACUCGAUCAAAGCUAAUUACUCUGGAUCAACUGUGACACUGAGUGACAUUUGUAUGAAGCCGCUUGGCAAGGAUUGUGCUACUCAAAGUGUUCUUCAAUAUUUCCAGAUGAGUCCUGCAAAUUUUGAUCAGUAUGGGGGUAUUGAUCACCUUCAAUAUUGUUUUCAGCACUAUACUUCAGCACAACAAUGUAUGAGUGCAUUUAAAGCUCCCCUUGACCCAAACACUGCUCUUGGUGGCUUUUCUGGUAACAAUUACUUGGAGGCUUCUGCAUUUAUUGUAACGUAUCCUGUGAAUAAUGCAAUUGAUAGAGAAAGCAAUGAUACUAAAAGAGCGGUAGCCUGGGAGAAGGCCUUCAUCCAGUUAGUGAAGGAUGAAAUAUUGCCAAUGGUGCAAUCGAAGGAUUUGACACUAUCAUUCUCAUCAGAAAGCUCUGUUGAGGAAGAACUGAAACGAGAAAGCACUGCAGAUGCUAUAACUAUAGUUAUAAGUUAUCUUGUAAUGUUUGCUUACAUAUCUUUGACAUUGGGUGAUACUCCACGCUUCUCUUCAUGUUAUAUAUCAUCUAAGGUAUUGCUUGGCCUUUCAGGCGUUGUUCUUGUCAUGCUCUCUGUUCUUGGAUCUGUUGGUUUCUUCAGUGCCAUAGGAGUAAAAUCAACACUUAUCAUUAUGGAAGUUAUCCCGUUCCUUGUCUUGGCAGUUGGGGUGGAUAAUAUGUGCAUAUUGGUGCAUGCAGUUAAAAGACAGUCAGUGGAGUUACCUUUAGAAGGACGAAUUAGCAAUGCUCUUGUAGAAGUUGGACCAUCUAUAACACUAGCUAGUCUAGCGGAGGUUUUGGCAUUUGCAGUUGGGAGUUUCAUCCCUAUGCCAGCAUGCCGCGUGUUUUCCAUGUUUGCAGCAUUGGCUGUUCUGUUGGACUUCCUUCUGCAAGUGACUGCUUUUGUUGCCUUAAUUGCCUUCGAUUUUCUGAGAGCAGAAGAUAACAGGAUUGAUUGCUUUCCCUGCAUUAAAGUUUCUGGUUCAAAUGGCGAUCAUGACAUAGGUAGUCAACAAAGAAAACCUGGAUUGCUGGUUCGAUAUAUGAAGGAUGUUCAUGCGCCCAUUUUAAGUGUGUGGGGAGUAAAAAUAGUUGUCAUAUCUGUCUUUGCUGCUCUUGCAAUGGCAAGUAUUGCAUUAUGUACAAGGAUUGAGCCUGGUUUGGAACAAGAAGUUGUUCUUCCUCGAGACUCGUAUCUCCAGGGUUACUUUAGUAAUAUCUCUGAGUAUCUCAGAAUUGGGCCACCACUGUACUUUGUUGUGAAAAACUACAAUUAUAGUUCUGAAUCUGGACAAACCAACCAGUUAUGCUCUAUCAACCAUUGUAACUCAGAUUCUCUUUUGAAUGAGAUUUCAAGAGCAUCUUUGACACCAGAAACAAGUUACAUAGCUAAACCAGCUGCUUCUUGGCUUGAUGAUUUUCUGGUAUGGAUGUCUCCAGAAGCAUUUGGUUGCUGCCGUAAAUUUACAAAUGGAAGUUUUUGCCCACCUGAUGAUCAGCCUCCUUGUUCAUCCAGCGCGACGGGCAUAUGCAAGGAUUGUACAACGUGCUUCCUUCACUCAGAUUUAGUCAAUGGUCGUCCAACAACUGAACAAUUCAAAGAGAAACUCCCGUGGUUCCUGAGUGCCUUACCUUCUAGUGAUUGUGCAAAAGGUGGUAAUGGGGCUUACACUAACAAUGUGGAGCUUAAAGGCUAUGAAAAUGGUGUUAUUCAAGCAUCGGCCUUCCGUACAUUUCACACCCCUCUUAACAAGCAAGUUGACUUUGUAAACUCAAUGAGGGCUGCACGGGACUUUGCUUCUAGAAUGUCUGAUUCUUUGAAGAUGGAAGUCUUCCCAUAUGCUGUAUUUUAUAUGUUCUUUGAACAAUAUCUUGACAUAUGGAGGACGGCAUUAAUCAACCUUGCCAUAGCUAUUGGUGCUGUAUUUAUUGUAUGCUUGGUUGUCAACUGCAGUUUCUGGACUUCAGCAAUUAUCUUACUUGUGUUGGUGAUGAUUGUACUGGAUAUAAUGGGUGUUAUGGCAAUCCUAAAUAUCCAACUAAAUGCAGUCUCGGUUGUUAACCUCGUAAUGUCCGUGGGUAUUGCCGUUGAAUUCUGUGUGCACAUAACGCAUGCUUUUCUGAUAAGUAGUGGAGAUAGGAACCAACGCAUGAAGGAGGCUUUGACCACUAUGGGAGCUUCUGUAUUUAGUGGUAUCACACUCACAAAGCUUGUUGGAGUGCUUGUCCUUUGUUUCUCCAGGACAGAAGUUUUUGUGGUUUACUAUUUCCAAAUGUACCUGGCUUUGGUUCUUCUUGGUUUUCUACAUGGGCUAGUCUUUUUACCCGUACUAUUGAGCAUGCUUGGUCCACCAUCGAGGUCGGUGCUAAUAGAGAAACAAGAAGGCCGUCCAUCUACAUCAUCACAAUUCUAAUCUAAUCAUGAGCACUUGUAGAUUUUAGAUAUAUAUAUUCUCAUUUUCCCUUGAAGAUAGAGCUCAAUGGUAUAGCUGGAGAAUUCCUUGGAAUAGCUUUUUCAAAUGUAAAUCAGCAUCAUGAAUUUUAAUCAAAGGAAAAAAAGGUUAUACAAAUUUUGGGA